UCCCGGUAGAUGAGGAAGUGAGUCUUUCUCACUUGGGAGGAAGUGUUUUAUAUGUCUACUUGCUAUUUGAAGGAAUAUUUACAGACCUCAACUCGAUUGCGACUGUGUUCAGAGGCCGAUCUCAUGAGCUUUCUUCACUCUGCAAGAAAUCAUCCAGUAAAGAUGUGGAUUCAGACUUCAUGGAGGAAUAUACGCCUGACCCAAAGUCACAUCGGUGAUAGUGGCAGAGUUGGAAAUUGGUGCUUUGCCCGUGUAGAGGAAGGCACACUGGUGAAUGACAUCCCUAUGGCCAUACAACAUUGCUGGAAACCUCUGCCUUGGAAACAUGAUCUGCCUUGAAGAUCCAUGCAGCCUGCCUUACACUGCUGUACUGAUGAUGUAGACAAGGGGUCACAGUUGGAAGACAUAUGAAAGAACUCAGAUCACCUGCACCACCCGGGUCUCCCUGCAUCCUGGAUAUGACUGAGCUUCUUCAGUGGGCCAGACAUCACUGGCACCGGCUGAUGAAUGGGAGAACCCAGGAUGAAGAUGAGAGGCCAUACAACUAUUCCUCACUGCUUGUCUGUGGGGGCAAGUCCUCCCAGACCCCCAAACCGGCAGGAAAGCACCGUGUUGUUAUACCUCACCUUCAGUGCUUCAAAGAUGAAUAUGAAAGGUUUUCUGGAACCUACAUGAAUAACCGAAUACGGACAACAAAGUACACGCUUCUCAAUUUUGUGCCAAGAAACUUAUUUGAGCAGUUUCACAGGGCUGCCAAUUUAUACUUCCUGUUUCUCGUGGUACUGAACUGGGUGCCUUUGGUAGAAGCCUUCCAAAAGGAAAUCACGAUGCUGCCGCUGGUGGUGGUACUGACAAUUAUUGCAAUUAAAGAUGGCUUGGAAGAUUACCGAAAAUACAAAAUCGACAAGCAGAUCAACAAUUUAAUAACCAAAGUUUACAGUAGGAAAGAAAAAAAGUACAUUGACUGUUGCUGGAAAAAUGUCACUGUGGGGGACUUCAUUCGCCUCUCGUGCAACGAGAUCAUCCCUGCAGACAUGGUCUUACUCUUUUCCACAGACCCUGAUGGCAUUUGUCACAUCGAGACUUCUGGCCUUGAUGGAGAGAGCAAUUUAAAGCAGAGGCAGGUGGUGCGUGGGUAUGCAGAGCAGGACUCUGAAGUUGAUCCUGAGAAGUUUUCCAGUAGGAUAGAAUGUGAAAGUCCAAACAAUGACCUCAGCAGAUUCCGAGGCUUUCUGGAACACUCCAACAAAGAACGUGUGGGCCUCAGCAAAGAGAACUUAUUGCUAAGGGGAUGCACCAUUCGAAACACAGAGGCUGUUGUAGGCAUUGUGGUCUAUGCAGGUCAUGAGACCAAAGCGAUGCUGAACAACAGUGGACCACGGUAUAAGCGUAGUAAAUUAGAGAGAAGAGCAAAUACAGAUGUCCUCUGGUGUGUCCUGCUUCUGGUCGUAAUGUGUUUAACUGGUGCGCUUGGUCAUGGAAUAUGGCUGAGAAGGUAUGAAAACAUGCUCUUUUUUAACAUCCCUGACCCGGAUGGACGAGUCAUAUCACCUGUGUUGACUGGAUUCUAUGUGUUCUGGACCAUGAUCAUCUUGUUGCAGGUCUUGAUUCCCAUUUCUCUUUAUGUGUCCAUUGAAAUCGUGAAGCUUGGACAGAUCUAUUUUAUUCAAAGCGACGUAGACUUCUACAAUGAGAAAAUGGAUUCUACCAUUCAGUGCCGAGCUCUGAACAUCACCGAAGAUCUUGGGCAGAUCCAAUACCUCUUUUCUGAUAAGACAGGAACCCUCACUGAGAAUAAGAUGGUUUUUCGAAGAUGUAGUGUAGCAGGAUUUGACUACUGCCAUGAAGAAAAUGCCAAGAGGCUCGAGUCCUACCAGGAAGCUGUCUUAGAAGAGGAUGAAAGCACAGACACUCUCGGUGGCUCCCUCAGCAACAUGGCUAAACCCAGAGCCCACAGCUGCAGGACAGUUCACAGGGGCCCUUUGGGAAGCAAGGCCUCAACUCAUCUCUCAGCGAGCACUACUGCCCUAGGAAGUGGAGAAGGAUGUGAGGAAGUGCCUCAUUCCAGACAGGCCGCAUUCAGUAGCCCCAUUGAAACAGACGUGGUACCAGAUACCAGACUUUUGGACAAGUUUAGCCAGAUUACCCCUCAGCUCUUUGCCCCUCUGGAUGGGACCAUGCAGAGUCCACCCCUGGAGAUUUUGUACAUCCUGGAUUUCUUCAUCGCACUGGCAAUUUGCAACACGGUGGUGGUUUCUGCUCCUAACCAGCCCCGGCAAAAGAUUGGGCUCUCCUCACUGAGUGGAAUGCCCAUCAAGUCCUUGGAAGAGAUUAAAAACAUCUUCCAGAAAUUGUCGGUCCGGAGAUCAAGUUCACCGUCUCUUGCCAGUGGGAAGGACCAGACUUCUGGGACUCCUUCUGCCUUUGUGAGCAGAAUCUCUUUCUUUAGUCGAACAAAACUGUCACCUCCUAUGGAGGACGAAUCUUCCCAGAUGGAUGAAAGACCCCAGGCCAGUAACUCAGCUUGCUGUACAGAAACCGAGGCACAAAACAGUGCCGUUGGACUCACCAUUGGCUCAACUGAUGCCCUAAAUGGACCACCACCCUUGGCUUCCAACCUGUGUUAUGAAGCUGAAAGUCCAGAUGAAGCAGCCUUGGUGUACGCUGCCAGGGCUUACCACUGCACUUUACAGUCUCGGACCCCAGAGCAGGUCAUGGUGGACUUCGCUGCUUUGGGCUCACUAACAUUUCAACUCUUACAUAUCCUUCCCUUUGACUCGGUAAGGAAAAGAAUGUCGGUCGUGGUCCGGCAUCCUCUUUCCAAACAAGUCGUGGUGUAUACAAAGGGUGCCGAUUCUGUGAUCAUGGAGCUGCUAUCUGUGGCUUCCCCAGAUGGAACAAAUCUGGAAAAACAACAGAUGAUAAUAAGAGAGAAAACGCAGAGCCACCUGGAUGAGUAUGCCAAACGAGGGCUGCGCACUUUAUGUAUAGCUAAGAAGGUUAUGAGCGACACUGAAUAUGCAGAGUGGCUGAGGAAUCACUUUUUAGCUGAGACCAGCAUUGACAACAGGGAAGAACUGCUGGUUGAAUCUGCCAUGAGACUAGAGAACAAACUCACAUUGCUUGGUGCUACCGGCAUUGAAGACCGUCUGCAGGAGGGAGUCCCUGAGUCUAUAGAAGCCCUUCACAAAGCUGGCAUCAAGAUCUGGAUGCUGACAGGGGACAAGCAGGAGACAGCUAUCAACAUAGCUUAUGCAUGCAAACUCCUGGAGCCAGAUGACAAGCUCUUCAUCCUCAAUACACAGAGUAAAAGUGCAGAUGCACACAAACCUGAUGUGAUGUCACCACUAAGAACACCCUGCCCAGAAUGCAAGCUCCAUGAGGAUGCCUGUGAGAUGCUGAUGAGCGCAAUUCUGGAAGAACUGCAGAAGAGAACUCAAGCCUCUCCCGAGCCAGCAUCACUAAGAAAGGACUUCCGUCAGCCUCCUGACCCCCAGGGCUCUGGACGUGCUGGGCUCGUUAUCACGGGGAAGACCCUGGAGUUUGCCUUGCAGGAGGGUCUGCAAAGGCAGUUCCUGGAGCUGACUGCAUGGUGCCAAGCUGUGGUCUGCUGCCGAGCCACACCCCUUCAAAAAAGUGAGGUGGUGAAAUUGGUUCGAAACCAUCUCCAUGUUAUGACCCUGGCCAUCGGUGAUGGUGCAAAUGAUGUUAGCAUGAUACAAGUGGCUGACAUUGGGAUAGGUGUCUCAGGUCAAGAAGGCAUGCAGGCCGUGAUGGCCAGUGACUUUGCCAUCUCUCAGUUCAGGCAUCUCAGCAAGCUCCUUCUUGUGCAUGGACACUGGUGUUACACACGACUCUCCAACAUGAUUCUCUAUUUUUUCUACAAGAAUGUGGCCUAUGUGAACCUCCUCUUCUGGUACCAGUUCUUCUGCGGGUUUUCAGGAACAUCUAUGACUGACUACUGGGUUCUGAUCUUCUUCAACCUCCUCUUCACGUCUGUCCCCCCCAUCAUUUAUGGCGUGUUGGAGAAAGACGUAUCUGCCGAGACCCUCCUGCAGCUGCCUGAACUUUACCAGAGUGGUCAGCACUCAGAGGCGUACUCACCUCUCACCUUCUGGAUCACCUUGUUGGAUGCCUUCUAUCAAAGUCUGGUCUGCUUUUUUGUGCCUUACUUUACCUACCAGGGCUCUGACAUUGACAUCUUCACAUUUGGGAAUCCCCUGAACACAGCAGCUCUGUUCAUCAUUCUCCUCCACCUGGUGAUAGAAAGCAAGAGUCUGACUUGGAUCCACAUGUUGGUCAUGGUUGGGAGCAUCUUGUCCUACUUUUUCUUUGCCUUGGCUUUUGGAGCCUUGUGUGUAACUUGCAACCCACCAUCCAACCCCUACUGGAUCAUGCAGAAGCACAUGCUGGACCCAGUGUUCUACUUAGUUUGUGUUCUUACAACCUGCAUAGCUCUUCUGCCCAGGUUUCUAUACCGAGUUCUUCAAGGAUCCCUGUUCCCAUCUCCAGUUCUGAGAGCCACGUACUUGGACAGACUAGCUCCAGAGGAGAGGGCAGAAGCUCUCAAGAAAUGGAGAGGGACUGCAAAGAUUACCCAAAUGGCAUCUAACUAUGCCGGCCAAUCAGCUGCCAAGUCAGGAAGACCCGAGGCUGGCCUUUCUGCUGCCCUUCCCGUGAGAUCAGUGACAGCCUGUGCUGUUGAACAAGAAGACUUACCUACAUGUGAGACCGUGCUAGACGUUGACUACUCUGAACAGGUGUCUCAAAGGGUUGGCGUUCUUCGGGUACUCCAGGAACGAUUGAUACUAUUAGCAACGCAUAAGACUAGAGAUGAAGCUGUUACUAGUCUAAAAGAGCAAGUUCCUGUGAGAGUGAGUUACACACUAUGUACAUUUUGGCUGACAGGAAACUGGGCGCCACUGUGUUAUCAGACAGAGAGCCACUUUCCUGAAACUUGGUAUCGAUAUUCCAUCCAUAUUCCUCAAGAAAGAAAUUAUCAUUUUAUUGUAUGCAAAAUUAUUCAAAAUAAGUCUAACAAGUACAUUUUACUGAAUAUAAGUCUGUCAAAGCUAAUUUUUUUUCAUUAACCGUGUGCCAACAAUUAUAACAAAACUGUCCAAUGACCUUAAACCUUCAUACAGUGGUAAACACAGUACAAGUGCUACACACUCCUUGUAACAAGUUUCAGGACGAGAGAUGAAUAAACAUGGAAAAUAAGGGCUGAAA